UCCACACAUUCUACGGCACACGAUGAAGGAAGAAAGUAAGCAAACCGUGUUCGAUCCUUCUCAGAAUAUUUACGGAUUUAUCCACGAUGUUCAGCUCCGCAAAACAUCCGGUUCUCACAAGCUUACCUCAAAGACGUUAUCGUUGCUGAAAGAACUAGUGACGAAAGGAAAAUGGAACACGGCCGAGGAGCUGCUGGCUCUAAUUCGCUCUCAAGGAGUGAUCCUUUCCCAGGCCCUGCCGCAUGACAUUGUGAUCGCCAACACCACCCGCCGCGUGAUGAAGAUUGUGCGCGAAGAGUACGACUCAUCGCGCUUGAAGAACGUGGACGAUGCGCAAACCAUACUCUCCCUCCACAAGCUGGUAACGCAGGAUGCAGACUCUGAUCGUGGCGAUUACUCGAAACCGAUGCCAGAUCUGAAGGAUGCUCUGCUGGAUCACUUGUCGGAGAUCGAAACGGAGCUGGAAACAACGGCGGAUAGCAUUUCCACACAGGCAGCGGAACACAUUCACUCGGCCGAAUUAAUUAUGACAAUCGGGUACUCGCGUGCGGUCGAAAAGUUUCUCAAGAAGGCGGCCGAAACGCGCCCGAUCGAGGUGGUAGUGGUGGAGUGUGCCCCGGAUUGUCGUGGACAGCAGCUGGCGGCCAAUUUGGGACGGGCGAAAAUUCAAACGACUCUCAUUUCGGACGCUGCCAUCUUUGCGAUUAUGUCCCGCAUCAAUAAGGUUAUCAUCGGCACCCACUCCGUGCUAGCGAACGGUGGCUUGCAAGCGGUCUGUGGCACGUACAGUUUGGCUCUGUCGGCAAAGCACUUCUCGGUGCCGGUUAUUGUGCUCGCCCCAACGUACAAACUGGCGCCGGUGCAUUUGUGUAACUACGAGCAAGGAGAUUUCAACAUUCUCGGAAACACCGAAGCAAUACUGCCCUUCAAAUCUCAGACGGCCCGUUUUACGAAGGUUUACAACCCGCUGUUCGAUUAUGUUCCCCCGGAGCUGGUUACACUAUUCAUCACGAAUAAUGGAGCCAAUGCUCCGUCGUACAUAUACCGUCUAAUAAGCGAACUUUAUCAUCCGGACGAUAACCAGCUGUAAAAGUAGCUGUCGAAAGCUAGAUUAUUGGAAUGUUUUACAUAGGAAACGAAGCUUAAUAUAUA